AACGCGAAUUGAUUUAUCGUUUUUCACCACGUAUUUUAUCAUCCUAUUUGUUUUUCCGACAAUUUCUUUCUCGUCCUUCUCGACACCGGCAGCUCGUCUAUUAACCAAGAAUUGGCCCUUUGUCCAGCUCCAGUCAAUUCACUUGGAGUGAUCUACAACAGCUAGCAUGUCAAUCCCUCUUCCCAGCGCGAUGCCCCUUUUACCGCCCAUAUACCUGCCCGGACAAGAACCUCUUCCUGCCGGAACCAGCGACUGGGAACGUCAAGAGAUGCAAACCGCUUUGAAGUACCAGAGAUAUAUGGGCAUGGUCAUGGAAAGUUGUCCCUUGAAAGUUACCAUUGCUGGCGUUGGAGGCCUUGCGAUCGGUGGCUUUUUUUCUCUGAUGUCCGCUACUUUUGCAUACGAAGACCCCUUGUCACGAGCCUCUAAUAAACUCACAACAACAAGGGCUCAGACGAUGUUUGUUUUCAAAGAAAUGGGGAGGAACAUGUGGUCAAGCGGUAGAGGGUUUGCCAAAGUUGGUAUGGUGUACUCAGGCGUGGAAUGCUGCAUUGAAGGAUACAGAGCAAAAAACGACAUCUAUAACGGUGUCUCCGCAGGAUUCCUUACAGGUGCCAUCUUAGCGCGUAACGCAGGGCCAACUGCUAUGUUAGGCGGCGGUGUUGCCUUUGCUGCCUUUUCGGGUGCCAUUGAUUGGUGGUUACGCAGUGCGCCUGCCGACGAAAUUUAAAUCCAAUUUUUUUUUUUCUUUUGCCCAAAAAAUGUUGUAUCAUCACAGUAAAUAUGCAUCGGACUCCAUGG